AUGCGCCGACUGGCGCACAGUCUGCCGGAAAUCCACAAGAAGAAGAAGAAGAAGAAGAAGACGGAGCAUUUUGUGCCCAAACGCAACGUCAUUCACGACCGUGCAUGCUUUUACAAGCGAGUGCAGAAGCCCGGAGAAUCAGUGGAGGCGUUUGUACCGAGGGAAGAACACAUCCGUGACCGCAUCGUUGUCGGGAUCAUGGACAAGGAACUUUCCCGCAAACUCCAGCUCAUGUCGGACCUUACGUUAACGCUCACGAUACAAAAUGUGAGACAAUCAGAGGAGGUCGCGGCUCAAGUGUGCCUGCAGGGAGACACAACAGCAGCGCGCCUGCUAAUGCGACUCAUGAGGUACAAACUUGAAGCUGUUUACAUGCCAGGAGCAGAGGCGCACCCAACAAAAGGAGCCACUCAUCUCAACUCCUUUGCCCGAUCGACCUUGGAAAAGAAUAGGACUGGAUCUUUGUCAACACCCUGUACCACCACUGGCGUCAGUCCAGCUGAGCUCCUCAUGGGGAGAAAGAUCAGAACAAACCUCCCUACUUUGGAGAAAAAUCUUAAUCCGAAGUGGCCCAACAAAAAGAUGGUGCUAAAAAAAGAUGCUGUAGAGAAGGCUAGACAAGCCUUCUACUUCAAUCGCCGCCAUGGGGUCAGACCGCUUCCCCCACUGCGUCCGGGCGAUGCAGUCGUCGCCAAGUUGGACCAGGAUAAAGCUUGGGUGACACCAGCAACUGUUUCCAGUGAGUGCGUUACCCCGCAAUCGUACAUUCUCAAGACACCUCAAGGAGUAAUGUUUCGUCGCAAACGUCGUCAUCUUCGUACGGAUUACUCUGCGCCGAUAGACAUUGCUCCUCUUCCUCAACCCACAGAGACCGCGGUGGCUGCGCCAAUCCAGCCAACUGGUUUCUCCGACCCAGAGACUAUGCCCUUGGCGUCUGCUCCUGCUGAGACAUGCACACCUACGAACUCUCACUCUCCGGUGUGUACCAGGUCCGGUCGUGUGUGCAGACCUGUCAAGAGACUGGACCUGUAG